AUGGAUUGGUUAAUGGGUAAAGCAAGGGGAGUAAGUCGCGGGUUUAUGCAUUCCCCUUCAAAUGUCGUGUCUUCAGCAGUGACAGAGCCAAUUUCAAUCGUUCAUAAUAGCGCAUGUGCUUCUCCAAAUGAUACAUCGCCUGUAAAUACCAUCAUUCCAACUUCUGAAAAUGACAACAGACGUUCUCCUAUUCCUAUUAAGGAUUACACCUUCAGUGAGUCACGUAAUAGCUUAACGAUACGCUCACGUGCAUCUUCUCCGCUUUCGAUAAAUGUUCCAUCUCAGUUGACCGAUAAGUCUCCGCAUUCUCCGGGGUUAAAUACGAAAAAAGAAAGCAAUAUGGAUUCGAACAAAACACCGAUGUAUAUGAAAAACUUUUAUGUUUCACAACAAUUACCAAUGUCUUUGGACUCAUCUUACCCGGAGUUUUGUGAUGUUGUCGAGCCGUUUCCAGCAAUGGAUACCAACGAAUGGCUAGCAGCACAUACUAUUGCUCUAUUCGAUAACCUUAGCACAAUAUUUGAUGCUGUCUAUGAGCUGUGCGUUUGCACAAGCUUAUGGGAAUCUUUGAAAGAUUCAGGAAUCCAAAAUAUUGUGUCUUCUCUUCUGCUUGAAAUUUCAACAAGCCCAUUGGGUGUACAAGGUGAAGAUGACCGAAGUAAGAAAAGCAAGGGUCUCAUUGUGGGCUCUAUUGCUCAGUAUAGUAGGAUUUCGGCUCGUCAGGCAAUAGAUGGUGUUCUAUCUUCGUGUCAUGAUCUUAUUCAGUGUCCUCGUAUAUUUCCUAUAAGAAAUGGAGAGCAGUUCCCAUCUGAUUUGCCUCAGUAUGUAUCCGUCAUUUGUAAAAAUAUUCUUGUUUGUAUUGUCCAUAUGUACGUUGCACACUUCAAUCAUUUAGACCAACUUGAGUUAAUCCCCCAUAUGAAUACACUAGCUAGACAUUUUUUUGCCUUCAGUAAACGGUUUUCUCUCGUUGAUGAUAAACAGUUGGAUGCUCUAGCUUGUUUCAGUCAUACGGCAUUUAAUUCAAGUACUUGA